GCGCCGCGCCGCGCCGCGCCGAGCCCAGCCGAGCCGGGCCGGAGAGAUGGGUGACCCAUACGGAGGAAGCCGAAGGCUUGCAGGACCAAGUAAGGGUGGUUUGGGGAAGGAUGGAGAGAGGAUAGAAAGCCAGCUCCCUGCCCCUCACGAGCCUCCUAAACUUGGAAAUUCUACCAGUGACAAGAUGGAGGGCAGGAAGAAAGGACGGCCAAAGGUUGAGAACCAGGCACUGAGAGACAUUCCUCUGUCCUUGAUGAACCAAUGGAAGGAUGAGUUCAAGGCCCACUCUCGGGUGAAGUGUCCAAAUUCAGGAUGCUGGCUGGAAUUCCCAAGUAUUUAUGGACUCAAGUACCAUUAUCAGCGUUGCCAGGGGGGUGCCAUCUCUGAGAAGCUGACAUACCCAUGCCCCUACUGUGAAGCUGCCUUCACCUCCAAGACUCAGCUAGAGAAGCACAGAUUGUGGAAUCACAUGGACCAGCCUGUCCCAGCCAGCAGGCCUUUCCCCCUGCCUAAAGCUGCACCUCCUGGGAAGCCAGUACAGACCAACAAGCCAAUCCCAGUCACUAAGCCAGUCCCGGUCAGCAAACCGGUCCCCAUCACUAAACCAGUCCCGGUCAGCAAGCCAGUUCCGGUCAGCAAGCCGGUGCCGGUCAGCAAGCCGGUGCCGGUCAGCAAGCCGGUGCCGGUCAGCAAGCCGGUGCCGGUCAGCAAGCCGGUGCCGGUCAGCAAGCCGGUCCCGGUCACCAAGUCGGUCCCGGUCACCAAGUCGGUCCCGGUCACCAAGUCGGUCCCGGUCAGCAAGCUGGUCCCGGUCAGCAGACCUGUCCCCGUCAGCAGACCUGUCCCGGUCAGCAAACCUGUCCCGAUCAGCAAACCUGUACCGGUCAGCAAACCAGUCCCAGUCACCAAGGUGGCCCCAGUCAGCAAACCUGUCCCAGUCACCAAGCCUGUCCCAGUCACCAAGCCAGUCCCAGUCACUAAGUUGGUCGCUGUGAGCAAAUCUGUCCUGCCUAGCAAGCCGGUGCCAGUAAGCAAACCUAUCCUGCCCAGCAAGCCCUUCCCACCCAGUAAGUCCAUCCAAAUCAACAAGCCCUUCCCACCCAGCAAACCUGUCCUUGUCAGCAAGCCUAUUCCAAUCAGCAAAUCAGCAUCACCCAGCAAAGUGUUGCCGUUGAACAAGCCGGAAAGCAAAGUGCAAAGAACUGUGGGAAGGAGCGGUGGUAAGAAGAGGGCUGCUGAGGGCUUGGACACCUGCCCCGUCCAUCCAAAACAGGCAAAGUUGGAGAAAGAAGGGGAUCUGCACCCGGAGAAUGGAGAGUGUGCCCUAGACACAUGUGAGAGUAAAGACUUCCAUAUGACUGCAGCAGAGGCCGUUGCUUCACCUACUACCAAGGCUACAAGCAGCAAAGAGGCCACGGGCCCAGUAUCACCCCCAGAAGAGGACCCUGAGCGUUCCAAGCACAAGUCAGGAAGGAAACAAAAAACGCCUAAAAAGUUCACUGGGGAGCAGCCAUCGAUCUCAGGGACCUUUGGUCUUAAAGGCCUUGCCAAGGCAGAGGACAAGGCCAAGGCCCACCGUGCCAAGAAGUUGGAAGCCAGCAGCAGCGCUGAGGAGGGGAGGAAAAAGGUCUUGGCAGCUAAUGUGAAGAAAGAAGUGGUACCUAUAGCCACAGCUCACCUGAGCACAGGGAGCCCUGAAGAGCAGUGGCAAAGAAUCCUCCAUGAGAAGGGUGAGGUCGUCUGUCCCACUUGUGGAGUCAUCACCAGGAAAACCAUUGUAGGCCUCAAAAAGCACAUGGAUGUUUGUCAGAAGCUGCAGGAUGCGCUCAAGUGUCAGCACUGCAAGAAACAGUUCAAGUCAAAGGCAGGGCUCAACUACCAUACCAUGGCGGAGCACAGCAGCAAGCCCCAGCCCCUGACAGAUGUGGAGCCUUCAGAGUUGGAUGAACAAGAGGAACGAGAGCGUUUGAGGAAGGUUCUGAAGCAGAUGGGGAAACUCAAGUGUCCCAAUGAGGGCUGUGCAGCUGCCUUCUCCAGUCUCAUGGGGUACCAGUACCACCAGAGACGCUGUGGAAAGCAACCAUGUGACCUGGACAGUCCUGUGUUCACCUGUCCUCACUGUGGUAAGACCUAUAAAUCCAAGGCCGGCCAUGACUACCACCUCCGCUCAGAGCAUCCUACCCCGCCUCCUGAGGAGCCUGCGGGAAAACCUCCUGAGCAGGAUGUUGAGAUGGACAUGGAACGGACACCAAGUGGACGGAUCCGUCGGACGUCUGCCCAGGUGGCAGUGUUCCACCUUCAGGAGAUUGCAGAGGAUGAGCUAGCUCGGGAUUGGACCAAGCGGCGGAUGAAGGAUGACCUUGUGCCUGAAACCAAAAGGCUUAAUUACACUCGGCCAGGACUCCCAACACUGAAUCCUCAGCUGCUGGAGACAUGGAAGAAUGAAGUGAAGGAGAGAGGACAUGUCAACUGCCCUAAUAAUUGCUGUGAAGCCAUCUAUUCGAGUGUGUCUGGGCUGAAAGCCCACCUGGCCAACUGUACCAAGGGAGACCACUUGGUGGGGAAGUAUCGGUGCCUCCUGUGCCAGAAGGAGUUCAGCUCUGAAAGUGGUGUUAAAUACCACAUCAUCAAGACACAUUCAGAGAACUGGUUCAGAACCUCAGCAGACUCCUCACCCAAACCCAAGAGCAGGGAGCAGCUGUCCGCCAAGGAGAAGAAGAAAAGCACAUCAAGUGGAAAGAAACGGGGCCGAAAACCCAAGGAACGGCCCUCUGAGGGCCCCCCCACAAAGACUUCCCCCAAGCCCCAGGACGAUUGGCCCUUGGGUGGUCGAGACAAGGGGAACCGAGUGGUGCCCAGCCGGAAAUCGGGAGCCAGUAAGGAAGGGGGUGAGGGGAGUGGGCGAAGACCAGCCUGGAGAAAUGAGGUGUUGAAACUAUGCUGGAGUAUCAUCUGUGCAAUCCGGGCUCCUGCUGCUUCUCACCGGGUCUAGCAUUCCCUGGUCACCACUGUAGAAACUAUUCACAUU